UCGUAAUCAUGUGGUAAAAAAAUCCCUGAGUGUGCGAAAGAUCGAUCGAUCCAUCUCAAAAAUGUCAUGCGAAUAAUCAAAAGAUGCUGGAAACAGGAAGAAGAACUGUAAUUAAUACGUCUCAGCUUGGACUUUAUUCCGAUCACGGUGAUCGAUACUAUAGAAGUCGAUACAGUUCUAUUACGAGGAAAUUUGUAAUUGGAGUUAUGGUGGUAGUGGCAGUGGCAUUAGUCGGCAUAUUUUUAUACGACUUCACAUCCGCUUCAUCAGUGAACAGCAAACUGAAUCAGGAAACAAAGCAUAUGUACAUCUUGCAAAAUGCUCUUAAGAAACCUUCGAACUUUACGAAAAAAUUGUUUAACUCGACUGUUCCGCCAGAAAUGAAUAGAACCAGUUCCAUUUACAUUCAAGAUCGUUUAGACAAUGAUGGGAAUCUGUUCCUUUACGAUGAAACGACCGAUCAGAAAGUAACUGACGCAGAAUUUAAGUCUCAGAACCUGAAUAACUUCAAGCUAAGGAAAAGAGUGCUGAAAUCGGUGGAGAACAAGGUGGACGAGUCGGCAGAAGGGAAACAAUUGUUCGACAAUCAUGCAAUUGUUUAUCGUGUGAGACAAAGGCACAAGUACCCAGAGUUGGAAGAAGAUGGAAGUUCAGAGGAGAAUCGACCUCUUCCUUUUCAUUGGGAAUUGAAAACACCACAACCAACUGCCUUCAAACGUCCAAGAUACCCUCAACUCACCCAGUACAGAUAUCCAUACGCCUCUAGAAAUAUUCAGGAUAUCAUCAAAUAUCUGACAAACGACGCUGACUUAUCAAAUAGAGGCAUCAAGUUCACUGGCGUGUACGUGAAUCCAAAGAAAUACGAUUUGUAUCCUGGAGCAGGGGAGAUGAUGUCCAACAGCGAUAGGUCGGAAGAAGAUGAAACUCCAUCUUAUUCGCUAAACGAAGAUCCGUUUUAUCAGUACAAACCCAAACAUCCGGCGGACGUGAAUUUAUUGGCUACGUCCAAUGUCAGAUUUUCACCGACAGGUCUUCACAGAUACAACUACGAUGCUUACGGACGGCCAUCUAAUUAUUAUAAACCGACGUCGAUUGAAACCAUGUACGAAAAUCCAGCUUCCUAUUCGAGUAAUUAUGGAAAGAAGCGGAAACCGCAGCCGUUCAGUGUUAUGUUGGACAUUUAUCCCAUCACCGACAUUGCAGAGCAAAAUAAAAAGACAAACAGGCCGAAACAAGUGCCUAUGGACGAUUACGAACUGCGAAGACCGAUUCAAUAUAGCAGAGGGCCGAGGUUUCAUUCUCCACUCUCGCAAUCAUUGACGGGAAUGUCUACUCACAAUCAGGCAAUGACUGACGAAGAAGAAAGACAGCAGAUGAUAUUCCAUUUGAAUCUAUAUCCAAGGAAAAAAAGCAAGAUGAGCAGGUACGAUAUUAUUCACAGAUCGGAAUCCAUGGCACCAGAAGAUCGACAACAAUUCGUGGAUAAAGUAUGGUCACCUUUAGAAACGAUAGCCAAACAUUUAGCUGUAGAACAAUCAAAGUUCAUCGAUCAGGAUAAUGAAAGAUCUAAUCUUGCUGCCACGCGAUAUCAAGAAACUUUUCUCGAUAACAAAGACGAAGUAAAAAGAUUACAAAAGACAAACGAUUUUUCAAGAUUAAGUGAGAACGAAAACCCGGACGAAACCAUCACUGUCCCACCUAACCAUAAAUCAAGCAUAGAGGAAGAUUACGCUAGUACCGAAAAAUACGAGUUCGAGGCUCAGAAAAUUGUAGAAACUACCACGGAGAGUGAAUCGAAUGACUGUAAUACGACUGUCAUUUCGAAAGAAACCAAAAUCAAUAAAACUGAAACUAUAGAUAAUUUAAAGGACAUUGACACCGUUGAAGGAUUUAAACAAUUCAACGACAGUGUCUCUUAAAGAGACUGCAAGAAGAAACAUACAUUUCUGAGAAAGAAAAAUAAUAAAUAUUAAAAAGUAUAUGGUUGGUCAAGGUAGCUGCGUAAUUGUAAUAGAAAAUUGUCUAAAAUCACGCAAUAAAUACAUUAGUGUUCUUUUUUUCUAAAUAUAUUACGAUUUCUAAUUAUAUCCUCGAAUGUAAUUAUAGAUGUUGUCUGAACUAGACAAUCAUCAAUCUCCUUGAGAUUUCUUCGUAUUUCCCACCAGAUCAAAUUAUCUACCGAGCUCCACCUCGCCUUGACAUUUUCGUCGAGGGCGUUCGAGAGUCUCUCAAGAUCCUUGCUGUAGCAAUCUUAAGAUAUUCGUUCAACGCGAUUGCUUAAUAGGCCAAGAGAUCGUGGUCUACAAAAUUGGUAUUAGUCGCUGAGUACAUCUUCUCUGGAGGAUCUUUAGACGACUAUAAGAUCUAUUAUCUAUUGAAGUAGAAAAUAUUGAAAUAUUUUAUCACAAUUUAAAAUUAGGAAUCAUACAAAUUUUGUCCGAAAAUUUCCAGUUAUUUUCUUAAAAAUUUCGAAGGAGACAAUAAAAGAAUUACUUAUUUUGAUAUUACGAUUAUACAAUAUAUGAUUUAAAAUUACUUAAAUACAAAUCAUAAAUCGUUACUUCUCAAUUUUUAAUUACUUUCUUUUUAGUUUAGCUUCGAAGUUUUAGUUUCGAAGAAGAUGACGAGGUAAUGAUUUAUUUUAGGCGUCGAAUGUAAAUUAAAUAGAUUCGAAAGUUGAUUCAGGAUCUUACAAAUGUUAAUGUAUCCAAAUUGGUAUAUAUAAAAAAGACAGCGAUAUUUUUCGUUUUUUUAUAAACAUAACUCAAAUGUACAGUUUUUAUUUCAUCCUUAAAUACUGCAUAUAUUACAAUAGCGGACGCGCAUUUUCUAUGACAAUGUCGCGAACGUUUUAUGAAUCAGAUCCGUGUACAGUCUAAGAAAUAUACAAUUCACGCAAAUUAGUUUCACUUAAUACUAAAUAAUGUCGUACUUUACACGUGUCCCUGUAUUUUGGCACGAAUUUCUCGAUCUUACAUUAUAGCACCAUUCGUCAACUUCGUUGCACGAUUCUCGUAAUUUUCUCGAUGACACCGCAAAUGACUAUAAUACAAUUUAUUCGUAUGCUUCGGGCGUUUCCAGCAAGAAUAGCGCAUUGUCAGUUCUUGAAAUGUGAUCCACGAUUUUUCUCGUUCUCACUGAAUGAAUCAAUUCACUGAUUUUGAUAACGUUGUGCGUUUGAACAAUUCCCUGCUAAGCCACAUACCUUGAAUAAGUUUCGUUGCUUUAAAAUAACAUUCAAAACUAACGAAUAGCUACGAGCAAGUAUUAUAGUUGUACUCUAUCUUUGAUUGACGUUCGUAACUAUGGUUGUCAGAUAUAUUCAUCUUAGAGAUUUUUUGAUUGAGGAAAUACCUAAUUUUUCGUGAAUGCUUAUAUUCAACGUUUCUAUUGUUAAUAUAGCAUUCAAAUUAUUGUUUCCAUCUCGUAUGAUAAUCACUUCUCUGGUAUUUCUUCCUCCAAUAAUACUUUUAGGAAAUAAAAUCUCAAUAUGGCAUGCUCGUUAAG